AUGAGAUUACUUCUAAUUUUCACCUUCAUUACUAUAGUGCUAGCUUGGAGUCCAGAAGAUUAUGAGAUUUUCAAAUUAAACGACAAAGUUCGUCAAACAAUUGGUCCUGAAACUACAUUUUACACUUGGUUAAAUCUAAUUAAUGGUCCUAAAUCAACAUCACAAGAAAUUAAAAAAGCAUAUAGAAAUUUAUCAAAAUCAUUACAUCCAGAUAAAUUAAAUUUUAAAUCCUCAAAGGAACGUAAAAAGGCUGAAGAAAAAUAUGCCAUAUUAUCAUCAGUCAACAACAUAUUAAGAGAUGCUUCAAGAAAAGAAAGAUACGAUUAUUUUAUAGCAAAGGGAUUCCCCAAAUGGAAAUCAACUGGUUAUUUCUAUUCAAAAUUUAGACCUGGUUUAUUAUUAACUAUAUUUUUUGUUUACCUUUUAAUAAGUUUACUACAUUUUUUUGCUUUAAAAAUUAAUAGAAAACAAAAUUUUAAAAGGAUUGCUAAUUUAAAAGAUGAAAUUAAAACUCAAGCUUGGGGUGGAUCAAAAGUUGCACCAUUAGAUGGUUCAGAUAGAAGAUUAACAAAUGAAACUGGGAAAAUUUUCUUAGUUAAAAAUAAUGGUGAUGUAUUUAUAGAAGAUGGGGAAGAAACACAUUUAAUUGAUGAGAAUGAAAUUAAUUUAAACCCUGGAUUUAAAGAUAGUUUAAUUUUUAAAUUACCUGCAAAAUUGUAUAAUUUAACCUUUGGUAAAGUUUUCAAACCAAUUGAUAUGACAAUCACUUAUAACAAACCAGUCAACGAAGAACCAGAAAUUGAGAAAAAGAAGAAAAAAUCAAAAGGUAAAAAAUUAGAAUUACCGAAUGGAAAGAUUGUUUAUAGUAGAAAGAAAUAA